GGAAAAAGUUCAGGAAGUAGCUCACAGCAGCUACGCUUGUGUUUCUGUCAGCAGGUUUGGGUAAAUGUUUCGGGUUUUUCGGGGAGGCAACACACAGCUAAGACAGAUUUCUCUGUUUUGUAGGAAUAUGUCUAAAGCGCAUAAUGAACGUGGAACAAACAACAGGUCGGUGCAUUCAGACACCAUCGAGGAGGUUCACAACGUGCCGAUGCAGGUGAUCAUCAGACCGUUUCCUCCAGAGCUGGACGAGCAGAAAGUCCAGAGUCUGAUGGAUACCAUUAAGGAGACGGCAGACAUCAGCGUUGUUCCUCCCAUUGAUGUUCUCUGGAUCAAAGGCAGAGAGGGAGGAAAUUACUACUACUCCUUUGGAGGCUGUCACAGGUUUGCUGCCUAUCAGAGGCUCAACAUGCCAACCAUCCCAGCCAAACUCAUCAGAUCAAACAUCUCAGACCUCACGACUUACUUGGGGGCUUCAACGCCUGACCUGCUCUAAUGCUGUGGGGGGUUUUCUUGUAAUAAUCAGGGGUGUCCAGCUCCAGUUCUCAACUUCUGGUGUCAUGCAUGUUUUAGAUGUGUCCCCGCUUCAAAACAGCUGAUUCAAAUUGCUGAAUUAUUUAUUCAGCUAUCAGUUGCAGCGGGGGAUUGCAAUACACGAGAUUGACCAGCAGGGGGAGAUAAUGCUCUGGAUGUAAACACAUUUCUCACGUCAAAUCACUGCAUGUUUAUUUUCUUUAUUAAUCAAAUGGUUCUCAUUAGAAUUUUACUGAAUUUUACACAACAUUUUUUAUUCAUUGUAUAUCAUUUGCUUAAUUGUUUUAUAAAAUAGGUUUAUGGUUGUGGCAAGUUGUACUAUGGUAUUUGUAGAUGGAAUUUGUUCCUUUCUUCUUUAUUUACUUUUAUUUGACUUAAAUAAAUCAUACAUUUACAUAGAGAAGAAUAUUUAUAUAUAUUUUAUAUGAAACAAUUUUGAUCACAAAUUCACUUUGAUAUUUAUUACUUUACUUGUGUUCCGCUCCGAAUUGUGAAGGGGGAAAUUAUUAUUUUUAAUUGGGCACACCUCAUAUGAAAAUGCCAAUAUUUGUUUUAUCAUUUAAAAAAUAUUUAUUCAUUCAUUAGACAGUUGCAGUUUUCAGUCAUGGUUUCUUUACACACAGCCAGCUUUGACUGGGAUGUUGUAGACAGCGGAGAAGAUUGUAGACCAGAUGUUUUGUUGAAGGAGUCAGGCAUUCAGAGAAUAUCCUGAUGACAAAAUGCAACAUGUUGAGUCUUGCAGAAUUGUCAGAUUUCUUUGUGUCGACUCUAAGAAGAAUCUCAAUCAUUAAAAUCCCUCCUUAACCAAUGAAGAAACAGGGAAAAUCUUAACUAGUUAAUGUAAAAUUGAAACGAUUUGCGUAUUGCAAUGCAUAGCACCAAUAGUUUCAGUAAAAACAUAAAGACAAAA